AUGUACACAAACAUCUCAGGCGAGAAGGCGGUAAGCGCCUUGCUGGAGAAAUUGGAGCGAUUAGAGGACAUGCUGCGGGCAGAACGGAUACGGAAAGAAUGGUUAAUACUAUUGAUCAACCUGACAGUAAGGACCACAUAUUUUACAUUUAACGGCAGUAUCUACGAGCAAAUAUUUGGACCACUGAUGGGAUCAGCACUGUCACCUCGUUUGGCAAAUGUGUACAUCGACAAGUUGGAAAGGGAACUCGAGGAGUCACCAGUGCAACCAAGAGAGCUCAUGCGA